CACGUCCGAUCACCGACUUCCCACUCACUGUCCCGAGUUACGUCCGGAGCUAAUCCAGAAAGUUGUCGGCUUAUUGGAAAACUUGGAUCCGAAAAUUGUGUUCCGUGUUGUGACUCUCGCGAUCUCGUGUCUUCCUCCGGUGUUCCGGGGGCUGUAAAGAGUUUUAAAAAAUUGCCAAAGUGUCUCCUAUAAAGUUGUCGGCGAUGGACAGCAACUCGGUGUCGCCGAUGCCGGAACUAGCGCCGAUCGCCGAGUUCGAUAAGUCGCCGCCGUCGCCGCCGAACGAAGAGGUGCCGAUGGAUGAUCUGCCGCCGCCCCCUGCUACGAUCUCGGGGCAGACGGACGGAAAGAAGGUUAAAAUCCAACGGAGCCGUUCGUACGACUCCGACGACAAUGAGCGGGGCGCCUGCGAAUGGUGCGAGUACGCACUCGUCAUCACGCUCGCCACCAUCCUGCUCAUCGGCGUCUCGGCGCUGACCAUCUUCUGGACGCUCUUCUACCGCGAGGGCUACGCCUGGGUAGACGAUAUCCCCGAGAAGCAGUUCAACCUGCAUCCCACGCUUAUGGUUGCUGGGUUCGUUACGUUCAGCGGGUUCUCCGUCCUGCUGUACCGCAUCUGCCGAUGCUUCCGCCGCAUCUACGUGAAGCUGCUGCACGCGAUCUUCCACGCGCUCGCGUUCCCCUGCAUCGUCAUCGGCUUCCUCGCCGUGCUGGACUACCACAACAAGAAGGGCAUCAACAACUUCUACUCGCUGCAUAGCUGGAUCGGCCUCACUGCUAUGGGACUGUUUGGAAUACAGUACGCUGUGGGCUUCUUCAGUUUCCUACUCCUCCUGAUCUGCAACAAGGGCACCGCCAACUUCCGCGCCUCGCUCGUGCCCGUCCAUGCCGCCUUCGGAAUCCUUACCUUCGUGCUCGGCGUCUGCGCUUGCCUCACCGGACUCACUGAGAAAGCCCUCUUCACUAUUACGGCCACGGUUUACGCGACGAUGUCCGAAGAGUCGAUCGUGAUGAACGCCAUCGGCGUCUCCAUCGUGGCGGUGGCGAUCGUGGUGCUGUACACCGUGCGCGGCACCGGGGGAUACCGCCUGCGCAAGGUCGCGGCGCACCAUCCGAGCUAAGCGCCCGCGCACUAAUACACGCCAUCCAGACGUUUGGCGACAGACGUGAGUUUGUAGCCGGGUUCAUUUCGCGUAUUAAUUGGAGAUAUGUGAAUAAUAAUGGCAGGGGCCCAUUUCUCGAACGAUAUUAGAUUAAUAUUAUUAGUCCACGAACUGUCAAAUCGUAUGGGUUGCCAUGACAACACACUAAUAAUAUUAGACUAAUAUCGUUCGAGAAAUGGGCCCCUGGUAUUUCCUAUAAAAAAGUUGUGUUCAUAUUAGCGGGGUCUCAACGCUUUGAAAUUUAUGUUAAUUUAAUACACCAUCCGUGAGCUCACUGAGAACAUAUGGCGUUGUAAGAAGAAAUAUAUGAUUGGGAUUUCGCUUAAGUGUCACCAUCUACAGCAAUGAUACGGAGCGCAACUUUUUAUAGAGACUACCAGUUUUUAUUAUUUAGGUUCCUGUCUUUAUAUUUUAGUACCUCGUAGCUUUUGCGAUUUUGAUGUUUAUUACUAUCUAAUUUGCGCUAAUAUCUGAAGAGUUAGUCAAAAUUCGUGAAGACACUGAGGCAAAGUCAUUCUUCAGAAUGCAACUGCAAUAAGAUUGCAAAAGCUAUGAGUACGUAUCGUAUAUGACGUUCACGUAGUCCUGAGCAACGUUUUUUUAUACAUCGAUGUUUCAAACUGUCACUUGCAAACUCCAAUUUGUCUCCAAACGAAGUUUUGUAACUACAAUUUUUUAAAGUUUGUAAGUUUGAUGUUAUGCUUAACGAGGUAACACCGUACUCUGUAAUAGUGGUAACUAAAAUCGUAAAGGGUAUGCAGUAGGGAUAGCGGAGGUAAAUUGUGUAAGUUAGAUUAAUUCGAGGCUUCAAGACUCCGCUCAUUAAGUGACUUCAUAAUCACAGUCCGUCAAGAUCUUGGAAGCCCUCUGUGUAACUUCAAAAUGGAACAAACUUACUUUAAGCAAUAUCUUUACAAGGUUUUAGAUUUUGUGAUUACCAUUAUACUUCGAAAAUUAAACCCUGAUGAAAUUAUAUCAUUUAGCUCAAUUUGUUAACUUUAGGUUUACAAAUUCUAUCUCGGUUGGUGACACCACUUGUUCGGCGGUUGUGCGUUAUUCUAUUGUGAAAAUCUACCUUUAUUGUGAGUUAUUCCGUCUUAGGCAAAAUUAAUUCGACUGAUAUUGGAAUUAGAUCAUUUCUUUGAAUAUUAUUUACACAAUAUUACCCCAUAACUAUUUAAGGUGCGUAGUUUAAUCGUAAGGACCGCAGUCAAAUUGAAACUGAACGAAGCGGAAAGGAAUGUAAUGUAACUGUAAAGUCAAAGAAGAAUUGACAAUUUGAAACUUGAUUAACUUCCUUGUACCCGCUGUUCUGUGGUAAAUAAUUAUCUUAAUUAUUAGAACAUAUAGUAUGUAGGUACGUUAACGAGGUAAGGGUAGAUAACCAAGGACAAGAAAUCGAUGUAUAUUUACUAGAUUGGCGUUGACAUAGCUCCGGGUGUAAUAUGCAAUUAUAUAUUUUGUUUUAGAUGCCAUACAUACAUAUAGGUUUUCAUAAAUUCAUGCUAAUAAUAUGUCGGUAUGUUUUAUGACGAAUAGUUAGGUUAUUUUAGAUGUAAUUGUAUAUAAAUUUUAUUCUAAUUAAUGUAAUGUGCGAGUGUUCGAUAGUUGUAGUUUCGUAGUGAAAAUUUACAGUCUAAAUAUUUAUUGAUCUAUCCUACCAUGGAGAUUGGCAAUCCAGUAUUUUAUGUUAUAAAGUUUAUUUAUUACAUUUUAUAUCUUUAAGGUACAGAUAUGUGUAUAGGUACUUGAAGAAAGAGCGAGAUUAAACAAAGUCGCAUUCAGCUGUUUGUAGUAGAACAUUCAGUAUAAGUGUUCAUCCAAGUUGCCAAAUUUGUUGUAAAGUGGUAAUGUGCGGUAAUAUAAUUUGUUAAUCAAUUAUUAAUGUGCUAUUCACAUACAUACCUACGUGUAGCGUGUUUAUCAAUAAUGUAGGAUAAUGCUCAAGGUAUUUACGGAGGGUACAUAUUCUUUCCUUUUGUAGAAAUUGAGUAAUUUAUCUAUUACUUAGAUAAAGUUUUAUCUAUAUUCCAUUUUGUAAAUUUGCAUUCCAAUGAAGCAUUUGAUGGGCUUUUGACAUUCUUUCUGAAAAUAUACAAUCCGUACAAAGACUGCAUUCAUAAGUAGGUCCUCUUGUAUUAUAUUACAGGAUUUGCGAUCGUUUAUUGCUUGGAUAAAGACGUAUUUACAAAUUUUAAAUAUUCCAGUUUUUGUGGAUCCCUUUGAAAUAUUGGGGCCAAAUUUUGAUAUUGUUAUAGCAUCCCCAUUUGUACAGUUUCUGUUAUGCACCCUUUUAAUACAAAACGAAAAUAUGCUACAGUUGAAAUAGAUUUUCAAAUAUUUCGUUUCUAAACGCACCAAGAGAAUUAAAUCCAGUACCUGCUUAUUAAUGUAAAACUAGAAUUAUAAUAGUUUCCAAGUUUUCCCAUAAGUUGCGUAGUCUCUAUAAAUUCAUUUGAAAUAUUGUAUUAUGUUAGUAUUGAGUAAUUGAUAACGAUUAUUUCGCUUAGUUGCGUUGGCGACAGUUAUAUUGGUUACUAUGAAUUUUAUCACUGUUUUACAUUUUGAAAUAUUUAUACGGCAAUCGUAUGGUACAUUAAAUACUUGUAUUAA